AUGCCUGGCGUCUUCUCUCGCCUAGUAGCUCCCACAGUUUUCCUGUGGGCGCUCAGCAACCUCCCCUCCACUCAUGCUGUCCAAACAACAACCAUCACAACCGACCUUUACCCCCAGAUCUGGGCUGGCUGGGGAGUAUCCCUGGCGUGGUGGGCGAACAUCUUCGGAGACCGCGAGGAUCUAGCAGAUGUUGUGUUCUCGCUGGACUCGACAUACUGGAGCCCCGGAAGCGUAACGCUGCCAGGCCUGGGCCUGAACAUCCUGCGCUACAACGCAGGUGCAUGCUCAUGGAACACCAUCAACAGUACCGUCAAAAUGGUCCCCUCGGCAAACAUCCCCGCUUCCAAGCAGAUGGAAGGAUACUGGUUGGAUGGCCUGAGUACAGACCCCAGCUCCUCCAGCUGGAACUGGACGGUGGAUGCCAACCAGCGCACCAUGAUGCUGAAUGCGCAGGCCCGAGGCGCAGAUACAUUUGAGCUUUUCUCCAACUCGCCCAUGUGGUGGCAGCUCAGUAACUUGAAUCCCAGCGGUGCCUCGGGUGGCGGGAGCAACCUGCCUGCAUCGCAGUAUCAAAAUCAUGCGAUUUAUCUUUCGACGAUUGCGCUGUACGCGCAGGAGAAUUGGGGCAUUACCUUUACGUCGAUCGAGGCGUUCAAUGAGCCUGCAUCGGACUGGUGGGUCUCGACGGGUACGCAGGAGGGGUGCCACUUUGAUGCUGCUUCUCAGGCUGCUUUGAUCCCGAUUCUUCACGAGGAAAUGAAGGCCCGCGGCUUGGAUAGCACUGUUAUUGCCUCCUCGGAUGAGAAUACGUUUGAGUUGGCUCUGGAAGGGUGGGAUACGAUUACUAAGGCUACGGAGAAGGCGGAUGUUGGACGGGUUAAUACGCACGGCUAUGAAGCUCUUAGUGGGCCGCGCUCUGAUCUUCGUGCUGCGGCUACGAGCGCUGGACAGGAGCUUUGGGAUAGCGAGUAUGGUGAUAGCGACGAUACUGGAGCUACGCUCGUGCAGGUUAUCAUGGAUGAUAUCAUCUUGAUGCAGCCCAAUGCUUGGGUACAUUGGCAGGCUGUCGAUUCCUCGGACUGGGGAUUGAUUACUGGCGAUAUCACAACUGCUACUCUUGAUGGUGCGACCACAAAGUACUAUAUGCUGGCGCAGUUCAGUCGUCAUAUUCGGUCCGGAAUGCAGUUUCUGAACAGUACUUCGAGCAAUGUUGUACCGGCUAUUAACCAGGAUAACGAUACACUUGUCAUUGUUGCGGCGAAUUGGGAUGCUGAAGAGACGUUCACUUUUGAUCUUUCGGCCUUUGCUGAGAUUCCGGAUGAUGGCACGGCGGUUAGUAGCUGGCUGACGGAUACAUCUGGUGACAGUCUAUAUGCUAGUGCCUCUGGGGUGGUUAUUGAGAACAAGAGUAUCUCCUUGUCUAUACCGAGUGAUACUGUUCAGACAUUUGAGAUUUAUGGUGUCAAGAUUUAG